GCUAGCUUCCAAAGCCGAUAGCGUUGCCUAUCUCUAUGGUUUCUUAUAUUGGGGGCGGACAUAAACGGUCCCCACUUCCGGUUUAGGCUGGAAAGGUGAGCUGCUGUCAUGGCGGCGGCGGGUGGCGCUUUGACCGUGGCGGCGGCGCGUUGUCUUGGCCGGAGGCUCUUCUCGGGAGGAAGGCGCUUCCCCUGCGGAGCUCCGGGUUGGCACGGCGCUUCGGACAGCGGCCAGGACCAGGGCAUAAGCCAGAUUCAUUCCAAGAGUGCAGAAACUUUUGCAUCCAUGUUAAGGCGCUCUCCUUUAAUACAGAUGGGACCCGCCAAAGACAAAAUUGUCCUUGGAGAAAUUUUUCACAUUGUAGAAGAUGACCUCUAUAUAGAUUUUGGUGCCAAAUUUCACUGUGUAUGCAAGCGACCAGAGGUAGAUGGCAAUUCAUUUGGAGUUCUUACUCACGUUCUAAGUAAUCCAGCCAAAGAAGGAGACUUGACGAGUUGGAGAAUGCUAGAAAAGAGUCACCAGAAGAGCAAGAGGGCUAAAUCAGCCAUAAUCUUGGAUGAGCUUAAUUCACGACUGAAACACUCUGGAAAAGAGUUACAAAAUAAACUUUUAAAUCAAUUAAAUGCUGUUCAAAUUGUGCUUUUAAUUUACAAAAUAUAUUUGGAAGGCCAGAAAGCACAUCCUCAACAGGAAAUAUCAGAAGGGAUCCAAAGUGCGCCUGAGACUUAUUGACCUUGAACUCUCCUCUAGAUUCUUGGGAGCAAAAACAGACACAACUUUACUGGAAGCCGAUGCAGUACUCUUGGGACUUGUGGAAGGCAAAGAAAA